GUUUUAGCCUUUCUUUGCCGCCAUGCCAAGACUAACAAGCGCACACUACGUCAUAGGCCUAUGCUCUGACCGUUUGCGGAAAAAACAGAAUUGUGUCACCUUGGCACCGAGGAGCUUAAUAUAAAGAGUUUCAUCAACCGGGGAUUGCAAGUUUCAACAUUUACCAAACUCUCAUUCUCAACUUUUACAUUAUGUUUAAUCAAUUUAAAGAACAAGCAGCCAAAGCAGCACAAGGUGCAACCUCUUUUGGACAACAAGCGGGUCGUUCUAUCAAUGACUUUACACAGAAAAGCGGCGCUGGCAAGAUCAAUAGUCCAGUUCUGGGCACCUUGUCCGAUGAGUGCCACAAGGCUGCUGGAAUCUUGGGCGAGUUUAUCAAGAAAGAAGAAAUUGAAAAUGGCUUCGAUACGAUUAUUCCAGUUUCUGUCAUCAAAAACGCCAAAGGACUAGCUAUUUUCACCGUGGUGAAAGCCGGAUUCUUGUGGAGCGGACGUGCAGGUAGUGGCAUUGUCGUGGCAAGAUUACCUGAUGGACGAUGGAGUGCACCCACAGCAAUUGCCACCGGAGGCAUCGGAUUUGGAGCGCAAGUGGGAGCGGACAUUACCGAUUUCGUUCUGAUCCUCAACAGCGACGAAGCCGUUAAAGCUUUCAGCAAAGGAGGUAAUGUCACCUUGGGUGGCAACCUAAGCGUGAGCGCUGGACCGAUCGGCGCCGGCGGUGAGGCUUCUAUUGCUGGUGACAUCAAAGCCGGCAAAGUCGCUCCCAUGUUCUCAUACAGUCGUUCCAAGGGUCUGUUUGCAGGAAUGAGCAUUGAAGGAACCGCACUUGUUGAACUGUCCAAAUCCAACACGAAAUUUUAUGGUCGAGCUAUCAAAGCGGAGCAGAUUCUCAAAGGUGAAGUAGCACCUCCAGAAGAAGCUGCCGUAUUAUACGAUACAAUCAAACGCGCCGAGGAACGUGAUCCUUAUUAGUGAAUUUUGACUGGGAUCGUAUGACUUUGUAAUUCGAAAAUACCCGCAGAUCAAGAACGUAAAGUCUCGUAUUGUACAUAAUAUAGUAAACUGCACAAAAAAAUAUAGUCGU